AUGGUGGCCCAUGAGGAAGCGGCUACCUUGUUGACGUGUGGCUUUUUUUCACUUUUCCCUAGUCGUUGCUUUAGUUCUCACUCUAGAAGUGCGUCGUCAACUAAGCUUGCACCGUUUAAUUUUGCGGAUUUGUUCUGCCUUGCGCCUACUGGUCGCCUUGAGAGUCAUUUUGCCAAAAUACGGUGUCUGCUCCAGUACUUUACAUACUGUUCCCAUCACACCGCCCCAGUGAAGACGUGUUUGGAGUUUUAUCGGGUCUGUUUUGCGUCUUUUCCGGACUUUAGCAGGAGUUCCAACCCGAUGCAGAGCGUUUGCAUGAAUGUGAAGGGAUGCAUUGAGGACCGCUACGGGAACCUUCAGGUUGAUUUUGCCAACAAGGUGUUAGGCGGAGGCGUUCUGCAAACUGGUUGUGUUCAGGAGGAGAUACAAUUUGUGACGUGUCCGGAGCUGCUUCUCUCACGUCUCUUUAGUGAGCCACUUUUGGAGAAUGAGGUGCUGUUCAUGAGUGGGGCCGGGCGUUACAGUCUUUCGGAGGGGUACGCUAGUGGUUUUCGCUUCACCCGCGGGCAAUCACCACACGUUGUAGUCUCAACUGUUGGUGUCAGUACUUUACAUGAAAAAUCUGUGGAGUUUGUAUCAACUCCACUGCAUGAUAAGAAUGAUGGUGGUGCCGUACUGAUGCGAAACUCCUGUAUAGUUGCCAUGGAUGCGGUGAAUUUCCACAAUUGUGUGGGAAAACAGUACACAGCGUCGUCGGCGACACGCGAAAUAAGAAAGGCGUUUGUAGCGUUUAAAGGAGCAUCCGAUAGUACCCUGUCCUCCGUUUACUCGGGUCCUGUUGCUACUGGCAACUGGGGAUGUGGCGCAUUUCAUGGGGAUCGCCAACUGAAGGUGAUGAUUCAAUGGUGUGCAGCAUCUGAGGCUCGGCGACCGCUCAUCUAUUUCACCUUUAAUGACGACAAUCUCUGCUGUCAGUUUGGGCCUGUCUACGAAAAACUACAGAGAGAAAAAUGGAGCGUGGGCAAUGUGUUUAUGUUGCUCCUUGCCUUUUUUAGCGAUUGCGCCAGCGCACCAACAGACAGCGUUGGUGAGGGGAAACUGUUUCAAUACAUCCUCUCUUCGCCGAAGCCGCCGUGUACAAUUUUGUAA